GCUCCUUCUACUUCAUCCUAUGUCUUUGAUUCAGCACCCUGAAGUUGACGUAGUAAAUCCUGAACAGCACUCGCGAGGUCUCAAUAAUCUUGCUGACCUGAGGAGACUGCUCACUGAGUCAACUACUGUCUAUAUACGCGAAUGGGUGUAUGGCUACUGGUUUAAAAUCAAGUACAUGCGACGCCUUGCAGAGAAAAAGAAGCUUAAUUGGCAAAAAGGCGGUUCCAAGUAUUUAAACAAGAUAAUGGACUAUGUAUCACGAUCGACUGGUGUUUAUUGCUGCUACAUAUAGGAACCAGUCUAUUCUGAUUCUUGGAUUCGUCAAAGAUGACGACAGACGAAGGUUGGACGGCAACGAGUUCUCCGAGUUAGAGAUGGACAACAUACGGAGGAAGAUCGGUCUUCCGGCAGGGACGAAGCCUAGGUGGUACGAACUCAACGGAAUGGGAUACGACCCGAACGAGGAACUCCAGAGUGAGGAUGAACGGUUCCCUGAUGAUACUGGCGAGAAGACGGAAAUAUACGAAAGUGUUCCUGAUGUUCCCGAUCUCAUGCUGGAUCUUUGGUAGAAGUAGAUGCCCGUCUGUUAGGAAGUCC